UCUCUCUCCCCUCCAAUGGCGUCCGACACAGGUCCUUCCUCCCCGGAUGAUUCCUUCUCCAGCCCCAUCGGCAACACGCUGUCCUCUCCGGACAACGCCACGGCGCGGGCCGGGGGGCGGAGGAGGCGGCAGCCCGGCGGAUCCUCCACUCCCUCCAGCUUUGCGGCUACUCCACCGGCGCAUCGGUCGCGCUUCGCCGCUUCGUCGGAGACGACCCCGACCCCUUCCAGAACGCAGCGACGGACGUCCGGCGGCGCCAAUGGGAGGCCCUUCGUGGCGUCCACUCCCUCCUCGACGGAUGACGGACCGCCGUCCUCGGAGUGUGGCGACGGGUACGAGACGGCUGAGCAGAUGUACGUUUGGGGCACCAACAUUAGCGUGCAGGACGUGAAUGCGGCGAUCGUGAGGUUUCUAAGGAAUUUCAUGGAGGGCCCGUUGCAGGCGGAUUCUAUUGAGGAAGGGAAGUACAUGAGGGAAUUGGAUAGGGUUUUCGAAAUUGAGAGGGAGUGGAUUGAUAUCGAUGCUCAGGACAUUUAUAAUUAUGAUCAGGAUUUGUAUAGUAAGAUGGUGAGAUAUCCACUGGAGGUACUGGCAAUUUUCGAGAUCGUCUUGAUGGACAUGGCGAGCACGAGAAACCCGCUGUUUGAAAAGCACAUACAAGCAAGGAUUUUUAAUCUCAGGACAUCCACUUGUAUGAGAAAUCUUAAUCCAUCGGAUAUCGAGAAGAUGGUGUCCCUGAAAGGAAUGAUAAUCCGAUGCAGUUCAGUAAUCCCAGAGAUAAGGGAAGCUGUCUUUAGAUGCCUUAUCUGUGGAUAUUAUUCAGAUCCUGUUCGUGUUGAAAGAGGAAGAAUCAGUGAACCUAAGAGAUGUAUGAAGGAGGAAUGUGCUACCAAGAACUCCAUGACAUUAGUUCACAAUCGAUGCAGUUUUGCAGAUAAGCAGAUUGUGAGGCUCCAGGAGACUCCAGAUGAGAUCCCUGAAGGAGGAACACCACAUACGGUUAGCUUGCUAAUGCAUGAUAAGUUGGUAGAUGCAGGAAAGCCCGGUGAUAGAGUUGAGGUUACUGGAAUCUACAGGGCAAUGAGCGUUAGAGUUGCACCAACACAGAGGACUGUCAAAUCGUUGUUCAAGACUUAUAUCGAUUGUCUUCAUAUAAAGAAGACCAACAAAUCAAGAAUGCAAGCAGAUGACCCAAUGGAAGUUGACAACGGUUCUAAUAGAAGUGAAGAUAUCACAUUUGAUGAACAGAUGGUGGAGAAAUUGAAAGAUCUGUCUAAAAAACCAGACAUAUAUGAUAGACUAACUAGGUCCUUAGCACCAAAUAUUUGGGAGCUCGAGGAUGUCAAGAAGGGUCUGCUCUGCCAGCUUUUUGGUGGGAAUGCAUUGAAGUUGGCUUCUGGUGCUACCUUCCGUGGGGACAUGAAUAUACUUCUUGUUGGUGAUCCUGGGACCAGCAAAUCACAACUCCUUCAAUACAUACAUAAGCUUUCUCCUCGUGGUAUUUAUACCAGCGGAAGAGGGAGCUCUGCUGUUGGCUUAACUGCUUAUGUUACCAAGGAUCCUGAAACAGGGGAAACUGUCCUUGAGAGUGGAGCCCUGGUUUUGAGUGACAAAGGCAUUUGUUGCAUAGAUGAAUUUGAUAAAAUGUCUGACAGUGCAAGGAGUAUGUUACAUGAGGUGAUGGAACAACAAACUGUUUCGAUAGCAAAAGCAGGAAUUAUUGCAUCACUUAAUGCCAGGACAUCGGUGUUAGCUUGUGCAAAUCCGAGCGGCUCGCGCUAUAAUCCCCGUUUAUCUGUUAUUGACAAUAUACACUUACCACCUACCUUGCUAUCCAGGUUUGAUCUGAUAUACUUAAUUCUUGACAAGCCUGAUGAGCAAAUGGACAGACGCCUGGCCAAGCAUAUUGUUGCUCUGCAUUUUGAGGAUACUGAGAGUGUGCAGCAGGACGUUUUGGACCUCCCUACUUUAACUGCCUAUGUGAGCUACGCUCGGAAACACAUUCAUCCACAGUUAUCUGAUGAAGCUGCUGAAGAGCUGACACGGGGUUAUGUCGAGAUGAGGAGGAGAGGAAACUUCCCAGGCAGCAGUAAGAAGGUGAUAACAGCGACACCUAGGCAAAUUGAGAGUUUGAUUCGCCUUAGUGAAGCGCUAGCUCGGAUUCGAUUCUCAGAAUGGGUUGAAAAGCAAGAUGUGAUGGAAGCAUUUCGACUACUGGAAGUUGCAAUGCAGCAGUCAGCAACUGAUCAUUCAACAGGAACCAUUGACAUGGAUCUUAUCACUACCGGGGUUUCAGCUAGUGAAAGGAUGAGAAGGGAUAAUCUUGCAGCUGCUACUCACAAUGUAAUAAUGGAAAAAAUGCAACUCGGUGGACCCUCUAUGCGAUUGAUAGAGUUGCUGGAAGAGCUCAAUAAGCAGAGUUCUCUGGGUGAAGUUCACCUUAGCGAUCUGAGGAAUGCAGUUGCAACUCUCACAACUGAGGGGUUUGUAGCUGUCCAUGGCGAUACUGUCAAAAGAGUAUGAUGCAGUGGCAUGAUGGUAAAUUUAAUGGGGCGAGUACA